AACAUUGCGCCAUUCAUCUUGGGGCUUCCCGUCUCUAUCGACUUGUUCCCUCCCAUUAAUUAACUUAAUGCCCGGUCGACUUGUCCAGGAAGGAAUUCAAUUCAGUCACCCGUCCGAACACAUCAGUCUAAUUAAUUCUGCCAUAUCUCAGCAAUCAGCCACACUCCCCCUACGAACUGCUCUGUUGGAUCAGCAGACCUACGCAUAGGCUACAAGCCAGUCUUUUGUUUGUCAUUUGAGCAUCACUGUUUGCCGUCCACCAUGGCGUACUACCAGAACCAGAACCACAAUCAAAAUCGCACCUCUUACUUCGGCGGCAAUGAGAAGCACGAUGUUGGUAUCCAGCGCAGGCCGACCAGCGACCGCAGCAGUCGUGAGCGCAACACGCGGUCUAGCGAAGGCACCGUCAGCACAGUCAUGAGCAACUCGACAGGUAGAGAGUCGUCGGGAACACACGUCACAGAAGCACCGGCCUACUCCAAAAAGAUCGUCGUCGUCGGAGACGGUGGUUGUGGCAAGACUUGUUUGUUGAUCAGCUACAGCCAAGGAUACUUCCCAGAGAAAUAUGUCCCGACAGUCUUUGAGAACUACAUCACAUAUCCAACACAUCCACCAAGUGGCAAGACCGUGGAGCUGGCGCUGUGGGACACCGCCGGUCAAGAAGAAUACGACAGAUUGCGACCGCUGUCAUAUCCAGAGACGGACUUGAUCUUCGUGUGUUUCGCCAUCGAUUGCCCAAACUCACUCGAGAAUGUCAUGGACAAGUGGUACCCAGAGGUCCUCCACUUCUGCCCGUACACCCCAUUGAUCCUUGUAGGGUUGAAGUCCGACCUACGCCACAAGAAGACAUGUAUUGAGAUGCUCAAGACGCAAGGUCUUACGCCAGUCUCUACCGAACAGGGCAUGACCGUCGCAAGGAAAAUGGGCGCUCACUACAUGGAGUGCAGCAGUAAAGAGAUGAAGGGUGUCGACGAGAUCUUCGACCAGGCUAUCCUAACUGUCGUCGGUAACGACCGUCGCAAUCUCGAAGCCGCCAUGGCCGCAGCUCCCAACUCAUCGUCAGGCCGUCCAGCGACAAAGCAAGCGGGCUCAGCAUUUACUCCAGUCGUUCCUAAGAAGAAGAAGAAGAGGAACUGUAUCCACCUCUAGAGCACAGAGGUCGGUGGUGAUGUGCCGGUGUUCCUGAGUGUCAUGCGGAUGGAUGCCUGGUUUUGAAUGAGUAUUCUGCAUGAUAUUGUGCCACGACUUGUACGAACUCGAACGGCAUUUCUAUGAAGCAUUUCGUAUCGUCCUGAAGACCAUGAUGGCGAGAUUGGACAGGAUCUUGUCUCGCAACAUGGACCUUCAAACAGUGGCGUUUCUCGUGCUUCUCACAUUUAGGGGGUUCUUACUUACGAGGACU